AUGGCAACACCGGGGGUAGCGGCGGCGGCUAUGGAGCGAGGGUCGCCCCGGCUGUGGACCCUCCUGCGAGAAGCCCAGGAGGAGAUGGAGCGGGGCACCGACGUACUCGGGGAUGAGCUCAACAUCCUGUGGCGAAACGUACGGGAAGGGGCCGCCGACGGUCGAGGCGACCGCGGCGGCGGCGGCGGCGGCGGCGGCAGGUACGGGACGGAGACGGCCGGGGCUGUUGCCACCAGCUCGGCGGCGACGGCUGCUGCCGCCGAUGGCAACGAUGGUGGCAGCAGCAGCCCCCCGCAGUUGCCCCGGAGACAGGCGGACGCGUUGCUGCAGGGGCUGGAGAAACUGCAGGCGGAGAUGGAGGUGCAGGCCGCGUCUUUCCAGCGCCAGAGGAACGGGCUGAUGCGGAAGAUCCAGCAGUCUCUUGCGGUCGGCGAGCGGCGCCAGCACAAGCACAACAGCGAGGGGGCAGCGAGGGAAGGGAAGGGAGGAACGCGCGAAAGGAGAAGGAAGAAGUGUGAUAAGAUCCUUGAGAGGCUAGAGGAGGAGGCGGAGAGCAUGAGGGCUGCGGUGAUCGCCAGCCACGCCCGGCUUCUUGGGCGCGUGCGAGAGACCGCCAGCAACGCAGCCAAGGCUUCCGCGACAGCGGGCGGCGCGGUGGCGGGAAUCGGAAGGGAACGUUCGGCAACGAUGGGGGUGGUUGUGCGGGGUGGGGACCACAGCGGCGGCUGCGGCGGCGGCAACCGAAGCCGGGGUAGCUUGGACGACCUCGUGGACUCGGCACAGGCGGUGCUGGCGGCCAGGGAAGAGCUCGCAGAGCUCAGGGUUGCCGUGGAGGAAACGCGGGACGAGCUGUCGGCAGAGCGCGAGAAGUCGCGGGCCGCUCGGCGCCAGGCCUCCCGCCUCGAGUCUUUCCGGUCUUCUGCGGCGGUGGCGGCAACCCGGGCGAACCGCGACGCCGACAAGGCGAGAGCGGAGGCCGAACGCCUCGCGCUCGAGGCCGCCGCCGCAAGGGAUCGAGCGGCGACGGCUGCGGAGCAGGAGGCCCGCCAGCUCUCCAGCCGCCGCUGCGCGGAGGAGGAGGCCGAGGGCGCCGCGGCGGCGGCGGAGUCGGAGCUGCUGGGCCGCCUGGGGUCUCUCCGCGGCGAGGCCGAGGAGCUCGAGGGGCGGCUGCGGGAGGCGUCGAGGGAGCUGGAGCGGCGGGAGGCGAGGGCGGCGGCGGCGGCGGCGGCGGCGGACCGGGAGGAGGAGCGGCUCGCCGACUGCCGUGACAGCUUCGGGCUGGAGAUCGAGGGCCUCCAGAAGGGGGUCGGCGAACUGGAGGCCGAGGCGGUGGGGUGGAGGGGCGCGCUGGAGGCGGCCAGGUCGAGGCUGGAGGCGGAGGAGGAGCGGGGGCGGACGGAGCGGCUCGGGCUGCAGGCGGAAGUCAAGCGGCUCGGGGGCGAGCUGGACGGGAAAAAGAAGGAGGCCGGGGCGCUGGAAGCCCGCGUGGAGGCCCUGCGCGAGCGCCACCGGUCCGAGAGCGAGAGGUGCGCGCGGGAGGCGAGGCGGGCGACCGCGGAGCUGGAAGGCCUGCGGUCGGAGGAGGCGGAGGUCGAGGGGCUGGAGUUCGCGCGGGACCGGGUGGCGGAGGAGACGGAGGCGGCGCGGCGGCGGCAGGCGGAGGAGCUCUCCCGCUGGAAGGAGGCCAUGGCUGAACGACAGCAGGAGUUCGAGAGAUUCUCGCGGAUGGUCAGGAGCAAGGCUUCGUCGCUGGGUGAUCUGGAGAAGGAGGCAGAAGGCCGGGCCGCUCGCAGCCGACAGGCGCAGCGCGACCAGGAGGCCGCCGAAGCCCGCGCCGCCGCCGCCCUGGAUGCCGCGCGGAAUGCCGCCAGCCUCGCGGAGAGGGGAAGGGACAAGGCGGAGCAGGAGGAGGCUCGCGCGGAAGCGGCGGAGUCUAGGACGGUCCACGCCGAGGAGGAACUGCGCCGGGUGACGGCGGAGAUUGGCUCGGAGAGAGCGUGUUUGGACAAGGCGAGGACCGACCUCCAGGCCGUCCAGGCGACGGCCGCCGAGCUAGAGGCGGAGAAUUCGCGGGCGCGCCAGCAGCUCGCCGACGCAACGGAGAGGCGCCGGGAGGAGGAGGGUGCGGUCGAGGCGGCUCGGCAGCGCGCCGCGGCGCUGGCGCGGGAGAAGGCGGAGCUGAGCUCGACGGCCGUGGCGGUGCAACUACAGAGCGCCAGCGAGAGGGAAGCGGCCGCCGCCGCCCGUAACGAGCUCGCCGAGCUGAGGGAGGCCGCGGACAGGGAGAGGAGGACCCUGGAGGGGUUCCGCGACGAGUCGUCGGAGUUGGAGGCCGGGGUCGCGCGGAGGAGGGAGCAGGAGAGGUUCGCAAGAGGGGCGGCGGAGGCACAGCAGGCCCGGCUGGACGACCUGAAGCGCGAGGUUGCCGCGUUACGCGACGAGCACCUGCGCGCGGAGAAGAGCGUCUGGUCCCUCAAGAGCGAGGUGAGCUCCCUGUCCGCCAGGAGGGACAACGCCUCGAGGCGAGACCGGCAGCGAGAGAGGGAGGAAGAGGCCCUCUCGGCCAGGCGGGAGGCGGUCGCGGCCGCUGCGGAACGCGAGGAGGAGCGGCUCCGCGUGGCGACGGUCGCCAGGGAACGGCUGGAGGCGGAGAUGGACGAGCUCGACGCUCGCGCGUGCGACCUGCGAGCGGAGGUCGCCAGAGCCACGCAGGACGGAGCGGCGCUGCGAGAGGACGCCUCCGCCGCCGCCGCUCGCGCGAGCGAGGCCAGGCGCAGCCUCGCCUCCGCCGAGCACGAGACCGCUCGCCUCGCCUCCCAGGCGGAGACUCUCCGUGCUACGAAGCGCGCCCUGGACUCCGAGCUGGCCGGCCUGAGGCACGAGCUCGACUUUCUGAGGAGGAGGAGAGACGGCGACGGCGGCAGUACGAUGGCGACCGGGGGCGGCGGCGGGGGAGGAUUAGGGUGGAAGGAAAAGAGGGUCGAGCAUUUGCUGCUGCCGGUGGAGACAUCAUCCACGAGGCGCGCCGCCGCCGUGUUGUCCGGGGAUGGAUGCGUGCGCGGGGGGGGGGGUGGUAACCACGACGCGAGAGAGACCCCGCCGCCGCCGAUAGCGGGACGGCCGGCACGACGCACGGCGAUGCGUGCAAGCGAGGACGGAGCAGGUGGUGGUGGUGGUGGCCGUACUGACGGCGGAAAUCUGGUGGAGAUCGUCGCCGAGUUCCAGGGCCGCCUGAGGCGGCAGGUCCAAGCGGCGCUCGCGGACGGCGACGGCGGCGGCGGCGGCGGCGGCGGCGGCGGCACUUGUUCUGCUGAUGUCGGUGACGACGACGGCAGAAUAAGAAGGGGGUCGACCUCCGCUGCCGUGGCGCAGUCCUCUUCCUUUUCGCAAGUGACGACGGUCGGGCUCGUGGACGAUGGUGAUGCUCCUCCUCGCGCUCGAUUGCGGCGGCAAGCCCCGGCGGACAGCCGGGGGGCGAGUUUGAUCACCCAUCGGCGGCUGAAUGACGGGCCGUUUUCUGGCCGCGCGGCCGGGGGCAGGGGUGGCGGCGACGUUCUCGGCGAGCUUGAGAAGCGCAUCGGUAGCGUUUGA